CAAAAAAGAUCUUGUUAAUGUUCAAUGUUGCCAAAUUAUUCAAUGAAAUAAUUUACAAAAUGCUCAUGAAAAUAAUAAAAUGUCCAUUUUCAUUCGGCAUAUUCAAACGUUAUUAUUCUCAAAACCUUUCUGACGAACAAUGUCUAUUAAACAUUGAAGAAACAUUAAAACAUAGUCCAUCUUAUAUGCACUUAUGUAAAGAAUAUCAAAAAAAUUUCAAUAAAGAUGUGAAAGACCUUAUCAAAAGUAUGGAAGUGUAUGAAAAUUUUCUUAGUGUGAAUGAAGAGGCUUCUCUUCUUCAAGAACUAGAACCAUACAUGAAGAAAUUAAGAUAUGAAUAUGAUCACUGGGACAAUGCCAUCCAUGGCUUUCGGGAAACUGAAAGAUUGAAAUGGAAUAAUGAAAAUACCAGAAUAUUGAACAGGGUUAGGGAAAUUGCAUUUCCACAUGAUACAGCACAACUAAAAUAUGUUCAUAUAUUAGAUUUAGCUGAAAAUGGUUAUAUCAAACCACACAUUGAUGCAGUAAAGUUUUGUGGAAAUACUAUAGCAGGUUUGAGUCUCUUAACAGAUAGUGUUAUGAAACUUGUCAAUGAUAAAAACAAAGAGUUAUAUGUUGAUGUCUUAUUGAAAAGAAGAUCAUUAUAUGUAAUGAAGGAUGAAGCAAGAUAUAAUUAUACCCAUGAAAUUUUAGAUAAUAAAAAUAGUAUUUUCAAGAAUACACAAAUAUUUAAAACAAGAAGAAUAUCAGUUAUAUGUAGAAAUGAACCGAAUAAAUGAACUUCUGAAACUGUAAAUUUCCAUUUUAUCUAAUAAAAAUCUUUCAUAGUGAA